GACUUUUAGCAAUCGUCAAAAUUAAAUAAUUAUUGUUUAUUUAAUUGCCUUUUUUUUCGUGAAUUAUGAAGCCAUCUUCCCGUUGUUCUUGCGAUAAGGCGACUUAUUAUUCAAAUGGAGUCCUCGUAGGCAACUGGUUGGAAGAACGUGUGGGGAGCUACAAAAAGAAUCGAUACAAUCAUGUGAGCAUCUACAACUACGAUUUUACUCCUAAAAAAGCUAUAGAUAAAGCAGAAAACGAGGAUUUAAGAAAUAGGAUUCAAAUUAAGUCAGAGCAUGGGGAUAAUAUAGACUCGGGCGGGAAAAGUGAUGAAGGACCAAACUAUUUUGAUAAUUUUGUCACCACUUAUGAUUUGGCUUAUCAGUAUUUUCCAAGGUGGAUACCUGGGACUAUUAAUAGAGUUAUGAGAUUUCGCUUACUUAAAUACGAACCAACCGAAGAAUACUUAAACCCUUUUGGCAACUUAACAACAAGAAACCACCUCACUGAUGAGAAGCAAGAAGAAUGGGUGUGCGAUGUAUUGGAUCCAAGAAGACCGACAACGUCAAUCGCCAAAGCUGAUUAUAUUAAAUACGACACCCAAGCUUAUAAAGUGCAAAAGUGGCCUUUAAUAAAACCUGUGAAAAUAAAAUGCGGGAUUGCCACAGAGACUGUUUACCGACCGUGGCCUCCGGAUCAUCCGCGAAGUUUAGAAAAUAGGGUUAACCCUAUAACUUGGGAGGGAGGAGCUGAACCUGAUAAUGAAAACAAUUGUGUUUGUAAGCCUUAAUAAAUAUUAUCUGAUGUACAUAAACGAAAUAAAAAAAAAGUCAUCAUAUUUGAUAAAAGC